GCGGGCGGGCGCGCGGCCGGGGACACCGGCGCUUGGCUCCCGGAGGCGGCUUGCAGGCCCCGUCCCCAGCAUGGAGGCGGUGCUGGGCGCCUUCUUGCAGCUCCUGAGCGCCUGGUUCGUCCUGGCGUUCUUGCUCAUUGUGCUGCCGUCCGUCUUCGGGGCGACCCUGGGCAUCUCGGAGCUCUACCUCCGGGUCCUCGUGAAGAUCCUGGAGUGGGCCACGCUGCGAAUUGAGAAGGGAACCCGAAAACUCCAGAAGGAAAAGGUGAAGCCCUCCACUUCAAAUGUUAUCAUACAGAGAGAUCAAACCACCAUGGAGAAGGCGAUUGCUGGCUUGCGCUGCGGUGACUUUGAGCUCUCAGAUGUCUUUUAUUUCUGUAAGAAAGGAUUUGAAGCAAUUGUAGAAGAUGAAGUCACCCAACGAUUCACUUCAGAGGAGCUGGUUUCUUGGAACCUCCUCACCAGGACUAAUGUGAACUUCCAAUACAUCAGUUUACGACUGACCGUGGUGUGGGUUAUUGGAGUCCUUGUGCGUUACUGUUUCUUGCUUCCUCUUCGAAUUACCUUAGCAACCAUUGGGGUACUGUCCAUCAUUGUGGGGACUACCCUGGUAGGAAAGCUGCCAAAUGGAGAAACCAAAGACUGGCUGAGUGAUCUUGUUCAUCUCACCUGCUGUCGAAUCUUAGUCAGGGCACUCUCUGGAAGCAUUCAUUAUCACAACAGGGAGAACCGACCACAGAGGGGUGGAAUUUGUGUAGCCAACCACACAUCUCCGAUAGAUGUUAUAAUCUUGACAAAUGAUGGCUGUUACACAAUGGUUGGACAGUCUCAUGGGGGUGUAAUGGGCGUCAUUCAAAGAGCCACAGUCAAGGCCUCUCCCCACAUCUGGUUUGAGCGUUCUGAAAUAAAAGAUCGCCAUCUAGUGACAAAAAGACUAAGGGAACACAUUGCUAACAAGGACAAAUUGCCCAUCUUAAUCUUUCCAGAAGGCACUUGCAUAAACAACACUUCAGUUAUGAUGUUCAAAAAGGGAAGCUUUGAAAUAGGUGCCACCAUCUAUCCCGUAGCAAUCAAGUAUGACCCGCAAUUUGGCGAUGCCUUCUGGAACAGCAGCAAGCAUAACAUUCUGAGUUACCUCCUGCGAAUCAUGACUAGCUGGGCCAUCGUGUGCCAUGUGUGGUACCUGCCACCAGUGACAAGAGAGGAAGGAGAAGAUGCUGUUCAGUUUGCCAACAGGGUGAAGUCUGCUAUUGCUCGCCAAGGAGGCCUUACUGAAUUACCCUGGGAUGGAGGUUUGAAAAGAGCCAAAGUGAAGGAAACUUUUAAGGAAAAGGAACAGAAAAUCUACAGCAAGAUGAUAAUAGGAAAUGGGACAUCGUCAAGUGGAUCAGAAGACUUGGGCUGAGCUCCCUCAGCUGAUGUUUCUCAUGCCUGAUCACUGUCAAAAAGGGUGGAUUUUCCCCCCAUGUAGAAAAUAAAUAAUAAAGCUCUAAGUGUGGGCAGUGGAAAAGACAUUUUUCUUGUUUUUCUGCUGCUCACCAAUGAGCUCCACUUUUGGUGUCUGGAAAACUAGCUUGAAGCAGAAUCAAAAAUCCCCAUAGUUAAAAUGGGUUGCAAUUCUUGCCCAAAGGGAAUGUAUAUAAAAAUAAUAAAAAUCAAGUUAUUUAAUUGUACAAAUAAUGGUUCUAUCAUUUAAAUGAUUAGAGAACGUUUGAACAAAUAGUCCUUCCUGGUUGCACUGGGCCACUGUGUAUUUGUUUGAAUAGAUGGUCUGACAUUUCCAAAGUUGUUUUGCUGAGUGUGUUUUUGUUACUGUUGUUAAUGAAACGUUUGAGGGAAGGAAUAAAUGGUAGGAAUAACUAAGUGUGUCCUUAGGAGUUGCGGUGGGAAACUUAGAAUUCCCUCCCCUGUUUCUGUUUUUCAAAAGAUGCUUCUAAAACUGGAAGAACUUACAAUUGUUUCUCAUCUUCCCUGAAAAGGAAACACGGUGGGUUUAAAAGCUCCAACCUGCUUUUCUGUCUGCUCCCUUGAUAACAAAAUACUAAAAGCUGGAUGGAAUAUACAUACAUACAUACAUAUAUACAUACAUGCAAUAUCAGGCAAAAGAAAUAUUGAACACAAUGAAUUUCUUUCCUGGGCUAUGUUGGCAGCCUGCGUGUAUAUUUGUCGCUUAACUGUAUGAGAAAUAGGACUUUGCCUUAUGUACAUUGAAAUAAAUUCUAUAUUUCUAACUA